GCACUUUACCACUUUUAUAGGCUGCACGCAUCCAAAUAGCAAAAAACAGAGGGAAGACAAAGUACUCCAAAAUCCAAAAUACAAACCAGAAGAGAAGAAGAAUUGAACAAGAAGAACAACGAAGAGGACGAGUGUGAUGACUCGUAUUAAAAAAUGGAAAAUGGGUGUUUGAGCUAUUGUGACAUCGAUACGAAUUGACCUUUUCCUUGAGCUUUUCCUGAAGAAGAAGAAGCCAUAGCAGCUGAGAUGAAGACGGCCAUGCCCCUACCCUUUGAGGAGUUUCAAGGGAAGGGGGUCUUGGAUUUCUCUUCUACUGCUUCAGAUUCAUUGUCAGCUCCACAAAAAUGGAACUCCGUAAUCACCAAAGAGAAUUGCUAUGUGGGGUCUGAACCCACCUCUGUUCUUGACACUAGAAGAAGCCCAAGCCCACCUACAUCCACUUCAACCCUGUCUUCCUCUCUCGGCAGCGGCGGCGGCGUCGGAGCCACCGGCUCUGCGGACACCACCACGGGCUCAGGCUUGGCUUUGGCCUCGGAGGACCCAUCAGGUACAGCAACUCUAGUGGAAGAAAAAUGUGGGAUUAGAAUGGAGGACUGGGACAGUGUUCUAUCUGAGUCACCAGGUGAAGAAGAGUCCAUUAUGAAAUUGUUUAUGGCCGAUGUUGAUGGUCAGUCUCUGGGUUUGAACAAGCUUUUGCAGAGCGGGAGUGCUUCCCAGGAAAUGGAAUUCAACGCAGGAGGGUUUGGUGUGGUGGAUCAGGGAUUUGGGUUCGAACCCAUUAUCGAAACAGGAUCAAAUUGCUCUGAUUUUCACUUCAAUACCUCAAGUGUUCACAACUACAAUGCCAACUAUCUCUUGCCAGUUUCGUUUCCGUCCUUGGCGUUUCAACAACAACAGCAGCAGUUGGUCCAGUCUGUUGAGGCCAAGCCUCAGGCGUUCAGUGUCAUAAACCAAAACCAAGCUCAAAUGGCUCCAAAUGUUGUUAUGCCUUUUUAUUCCCAGCUGCAAGAGCACCACUUGGUUUCGCCGCCACCGGCAAAGAGGCUUAAUACUGGAGCCACCAUUGGUUCCAACUACAUGGCUCAAAAGUUCCAGUUUCCGAAUUCCGGGCAGGAGCAGCUCCAAUUGUUCCACCAGCAGAGGCCAACAACACUGGAAGUUUCAAAGCAAAAGGCCAUGAGUCCAGCAAUGGGAGAAGAAUUGGCGAACCACCAGCUUCAGCAGGCUUUGACUGACCAGCUUUCCAAGGCUGCUGAGCUGAUAGAAUCCGGGAAUUCAAUACUCGCGCAAGAGAUAUUGGCGCGGCUCAAUCACCAUGUCUCUCCUUUUGGUAAGCCUUUUCAACGGGCUGUUUAUUAUUUCAAGGAAGCCUUAGAAGUCUCACUCCACAUGAACGCCACUAAUUCAUUGGCUUUAUCACCUUUUAAUCUCAUUUUGAAGAUCGGAGCUUACAAAACUUUCUCUGAAAUCUCACCUCUGCUUCAAUUUGCCAAUUUUACUUGUAAUCAAGCCAUCCUUGAAGCCGUAGAAGGCCAUAAUAGAAUUCAUGUUAUUGACUUUGAUAUUGGCUAUGGUGGGCAAUGGGCUUCUUUUAUGCAAGAACUUGCCAUAAGAAAUGGUGGCGGUGGUGGCAGUGGUGGUGGUGGUGGUGGUGGGGUUUCCCUUAAGAUCACUGCUUUUGUGUCCCCAUCCACUCAUGACGAAUUGGAGCUCAGUUUCACUCAUGAAAACUUGAAACAUUUUGCUUCCGAAAUCAACUUGCCAUUUGAACUCGAAAUCUUUAGCCUUGAAAUGUUCAAUUCCGGUGGUUGGCCUUUACCUCUUCGUGCCUCAGACACCGAGGCUAUUGCAGUUAAUAUUCCAAUCAGUUCCUUUUUCAGCUACCCUUUAUCCCUCCCUUUGGUUCUCCGCUUUGUAAAGCAGCUUUCUCCCAAAGUUGUGGUGUCCUUGGAAAGGGGGUGGAAUCGAACUGCCCUUCCAUUCUCACUCCAAAUCAUUCACUCUUUAAAGUCUUAUGCAGGCCUGUUUGAGUCUCUUGAUGCCGUGAAUAUCAACUCCGACGCCCUUCAAAAGAUCGAAAGGUGCUUGCUUCAACCAGAAAUCGAAAAGAACAUACUGGGUUGCCGCCGUUCUCCUGAAAAAACUCCUCCAUGGAGGUCUUCAUUUUUGAGUUCUGGGUUUUCACCAUUGACGUUCAGUAAUUUCACAGAGUCUCAAGCCGAGUGUUUGGUGCAGCGGAGUCAAGUUAGAGGCUUCCAUGUUGAGAAGAAACAAACUUCACUUGUCCUAUGCUGGCAGCAAAAGGAGCUGGUCUCAAUCUCAGCUUGGAGUUGCUAAGGAACAAGAACAAAUACCCAGCAUUUUGAAAUUUGUGUCCUUAGCUUACUGAUAUCUUUGAACAGUUUUUUUUUUUUUUUUCAAUGCUAAUUGUCUAUGUGCUGUAGGCCUAUAAUAUUCAAUCAAGAAACCUAACUUGGUUACCUUUUAA